UCUACGUUCAAUGGGCUGAAUUGUUGGAACGUCAAAUUGUACGAGUAAUCGGAGCGUUACACGUCAACUUUUGUACUAAAUUAUAAGCAUUCCCAAUCGGUGUGUUAAAAUUAUUUCGUUAGGCCGUUGAAUUAAAUGACAGAAGCGAAACUUUUUUAUCAGUUUCACUUAACAACACCUGUAGAACAUUCAUGGCUGACCAGGAGGCGUUCAACGCGGAGGAAUUUCGCACAAUGUGGGAAUGCCGGUACACGAUCGUUCGUCAUAUCGGGAAUGGCACCUUCGGCCAUGUCUACGAAGUAACGCUGACAAGCGAUGAUGGCAGUGAACGAACUGCGGCACUAAAGGUGACUAAUCUCAAGAAACACCAGUUUGCGAAGGAGUCCGCCAGAGACAAAAUGCGCGAGCUGUUUGCAAAGUUGAUGCAACUAAGUCAUAAGAACAUAGUUGUCUAUCAUCAGAUCACCGUAGAGUCUGGAUUAUCCGGAGAGUUCAUCACGGUGAACCUCCUGAUGGAUCUUUAUAAAGGCGGAGACUUGACUUAUCGUCUGAAGCAACUGCUAGAAAAAACUCAGCUUCGUCAGAGUAUUCCUGACAACAGUUCCGUCGCUUGGCUGUCAUCCGAUGUGGCAAAGAUUACCGAUUAUGCCCAGCAGAUCGCCGACGGCCUUACGUAUUUACACGGCAACAACAUUAUCCACGGCGAUCUCAAACCCGGGAACAUCUUCAUCCAUGUGACUCAAGACGGCAGCGAGACACGUGAUGUCCUGGUCAUCGGGGACCUGGACGAUUUCGUCCAGAUCGCCGACACCGCUUUCUGUCUCGAUGACACCAAGAUCGACGAGAUGACGCACGCCCGCGGCACUUACCGCUACAUGUCGCCGGAAAUGUACCUCAAAUUAAUACAUAACCUCCUCGUCCAUCCGGGACCGGGGACGGACAUCUGGAGUGUGGGUUGUAUUAUGGCGGAAAUGGUGCACUGUAUUAUGGGUCGCGGGGAGAUGUGGCUGCGCCAGGUUGACGCGCCGCACCAGGUGAAGCAGGUUGAGAGUACCGUGGAGGGGGAGGAGUUCGCGCUGAUGGUCUCCGCUGGGUAUGUGCCUGUCGUAGCGGAGGGGGCACCAGCGGGCAUGGCGGAAUGUAUCGGCCGCUGUUUGUGCUAUAAUAGCGCGGAGAGAACCAGCGCGGCGCAAUUGCGGCAAGAACUGCACCACCCGGUCAGCGAACCGGGAGUUGUAACACCGACAACCUCAGGCUGUAAGGAGAUGGGCGUUUACUUCUGUAAGCUGAUGGGAUUUUUGUUGUGUAUUGCCGUGAUUACCGUUUUUAUGGAUUUGUUGUAUGGAGACUAUGAUGGGGUUCCCGAUGCUUUGCCGGAAGAGGGAGAGUAUGGACUUUAUCCCCCAUACGAAGAAACGGAUUACGGGUGUGCGCCUGCUGGAUGCAACGUGGAAAUUGUCACCCCAAACAUCAGCGAACUGAGCCCUGGUUUGAACAACACGGAUCGCGAUCAGCCGGAGACGGGUCCCGGUCGUUCACGUGCUCGUAUCUCCGUCGACAACUUUCCGCGGGAUGAUCAUAAGAAAGUCCGGAAUGAGCGGCGCGACGGGUUGCUUGAGAGGGACCAGCUGAAAGAGAUGGCGGCGGAACGCAUAAAUCAGCAGCGUGCCCCGGCACGAGGAAGGGUACCAGCUGCCGGCGCUGCACGGCCUUCCGCAUCGCGGACGGCUGUGCGUGCUCGUGGCCGCUUGUUUCGUGGUUGAGCUUCGCAUUGAGCGAUACCGACGCAACCAGAAUCAGGUAAACGCAGCGGCUUCGUUGUUCUUCUCGUUGUGCAUACCAGUUUCUCGUUCAGGACAAUCUACGGACAAAAUCAGCGCGUUUGUGUUGGUGGGGUCUUGGUAGUUGCUAGUGAAUACGGCGAUCACACAGUAUUCACACUGUACGCUUAAAUAAUCAUGUAGCAAACCUACCCACGAUUUAUUUGUAUAGUCAGUAAAUAUUUCGAAUUUCUGAUUUUUCCGUCAAAUGCCAAAUAACCUGAUUGGUAAACGACUGCUUACUUCGGCUGCCGUUACCCUUUCGACGUUUUGCUUGGGAUUACCAAGUAGCUGCUGCGAGCUUUCUGUCUACAGUGUAAUUCUU